AUGAAUACAGCUGUGCAGAGAGACAGAGGCAGAUGCACAAACAGUAAAACAACCAACAGUAGCCCACACACCAGGACCAAAUAACAGAAGCUGCUGUGUUUUUAUUAGUAGAUGGAAGAAACCUUGGGAUAUAAUAACCUAACAUAAAUAACGGAGGAAGGAGACCAAUCUCAGCCACUCACAACAUCAGGGAGAGAAAGAAAAAGAGUGGGGGAGAAAACAAAGGAAAGAGUGGAAAGAGAAGAGGAGUGACCUGAGGUGGUAAAGAAAAGCAGAAGAACGAAACAGCUGCUGACCUCCGCCUGCUGAUCCGCCAUGUCUGUCCGGCUGCACAAGCUACUGAUCCUCUGCCUGAGCUUCACACAAGGUGGUUGUAUGUAUCCUAACCACCACUGGGGAGAGUGGAACGACUCUCAGCUUCUGCCAACAAUUCAGAAGCUGAUGAAAGGAUACAACCGCUACCUCAGACCUAAUUUUAAUGAGGGGCCUGUGGAGAUUGGAAUGAGUCUUGAUAUCGCCAGCAUUGAUGCCAUCUCCGAAAUCAAUAUGGACUACACUGCAACUAUCUUCCUCCGUCAGCGUUGGCGUGACUCCAGGCUGGUGUUUCCAGGAAAUGAGAGCGUCAGCGUGGACGGACGUCUUGUGUCACUGCUCUGGAUCCCUGACACCUUCAUCCCGGACUCCAAGCGUUCCUUCCUGCAUGAUGUCACAGUGGAAAACCGCCUCAUACGCAUAUUCAGCAAUGGAACCGUUCUCUACGCCCUUCGCAUCACAGCUACGAUCGCCUGCAACAUGGACCUGACCAAGUACCCCAUGGACAGACAGGUGUGCACCCUGCAGCUGGAGAGCUGGGGCUACAACCUGCAGGAUGUGGUCUUCUACUGGACCAGAGGGAAUGAUUCAGUGAAGGGUCUUGACACACUGCGGCUGGCUCAGUACAGUGUGGAGACCUACUAUACUACAGUGUCAGAGGCUGUGUAUGAGACAGGACAAUAUCCCAAGCUGGUGUUGCAUUUUGCGUUGCGUAGAAACGUGCUGUUCUUUAUCCUGGAGACGUACGUUCCCUCCAUUUUGCUGGUGGUUCUCUCCUGGGUCUCUUUCUGGAUCAGCCAGUCCUCUGUCCCAGCUAGAACAUGUAUUGGCGUGACAACAGUUCUGACAAUGACCACACUGAUGAUGGGCGCCCGAACUUCCCUGCCUAAUGCCAACUGCUUCAUCAAGGCCAUAGAUGUUUACCUGGGAAUCUGCUUUACCUUCAUCUUUGGUGCACUGCUGGAGUACGCUUGUGCUCACUUCUACACCAUGCAGAACCAGACCAUAGAGGAUUUACACAGGGAGCUUCUGAGGGACUUCAAUGAAUCCAAUGGAAACGGCUCCUUCCCCAUCGUCACCUCCACCAACCCAAACCAGUCAAUGGAGAUCGUCUCCACUGCAGAGGAGCCCAUGGAGCAGUCAUCGAACACUGACAUUAGGAACAAUGCUGGAUCAAAAGAGAAAAUAUCAGGACAGGGCUGCGGCCUGUCUUCAUUGAAGGAUGCAUCACGUAGGGCAGCAUCUGUCUUCACUGUGGAAAAUCCACACAACAUUGAUCGCCACGCUCGCACCGUUUUCCCCACAGCGUUCCUCUUUGUCAAUAUCCUCUACUGGCUUUACUAUCUCUUUCUCUGAGCAGUGGCUCCAAGCUGCUGCAUUGUUAAUUUCACCACCCAGAAGCUGCUCUACCUCCUCAUUUGGGACCCAGUACCAGUUGCCACUGCCUGGAUCUAAACUGAUCAUAUAAGCAUUUUAUAUCACAUAUAUAAAACCUUUUUGUCCCACAGAUAGGGAUACAAAAUGAUGAAAAGCAUUUGAAUUUUUUCUUUGUAACUCACUCUGUAUUUAAAGCUUUUACUACUAACAACAUACUGACAUGUAACACAAUGCAAAGCCUGUAUCUGUCUAUUUACUGACAUCUACAUAGAAACAAAUGAGGAUGAGUUAACUAGCUAUAAACAAUAGGCUGCCUGAACUGCAUCACACUAUACUGUGCUGCAUUGAAUUGCCUUCAUCAAGUGACUGAUGUAGAUGUGUUUUUUCUCUUGUUUCGGCUUCCACACAUUGUUUGUAGGAGGCCCUAUUUACUUCACAGCAUAUCAUGUGAAAUCAAAAGAAUAAAUCAGUAAAUGAGAA